AUGAGCUCGGACUCUGACGAUGCUCUCGAAGCGUCAUUUAUCUUCAAAGAGCCAGAGGAUUUCUAUCCACCCGAAACGCCUCCCUCGUUUGCUCAGCAUACCCUCCUCUCCGGUCAAACAAUCACCUUGCGCCUCGUAGGACACAAUCCGCUCUGGGGCCACCUCCUAUGGAAUGCCUCCCGCAUCACAGCCGAUUACCUCGAGGAGCACGCCGACACACUUGUCAAAGACAAAUCGGUGCUGGAAUUCGGAGCAGGCGCCGGACUACCGAGUCUCGUCUGCGCCAUCAACGGCGCGAAGCAGGUCGUAGUGACAGACUACCCGGAUGAAGACCUGAUCGAGAACCUAAGGCACAACAUCGAACACUGCACAGCUACCCUAGACAACAUCGUCGCAGAGGGAUAUCUAUGGGGCAACCCGCCCUCAAACCUCACAAGCCACCUACCCAGCUCUGCAGGGGAACGAAGCUUCGACCUCCUCAUCCUCGCCGACCUCCUCUUCAACCACUCCGAGCACCGCAAGCUGGUCCUCAGCAUGCAAAAGACCCUCACGAGAACCGCAGAUGCCAAAGCCUUGGUCUUCUUCUCCCCGCAUCGGCCCUGGCUGUUUGACAAGGACAUGGCCUUCUUCGACCUGGCAAGAGAGAUGGGCUUCGUAGUCGAGAAGGUGCUGGAGAGGAAGAUGGACAAGGCGAUGAUGGUUGAGGACAGAUCCGUCAGGAGAUCGGUACAUGAUGUCGGGAAUGAGGAGGUCAAGAAAGUGGUUUUUGGUUAUCAGCUGGGUUGGGAGGGUUUACAAUGA